AUGAGCGGAAAACAUCUUUUGCAUCGUGAGCCAUUGGGCACACCGCAUCGAGGAAUUGCUCUGGCACACAACUCGAAUCCAGUUGUGUUUCUAGAAAUACAGUUUCCAAAAAGUGAGAAGGUUACGGUAGCCGGCGUACAGCAGCAAUCGCAACCCGUCCGCUUACUAUUUGAGCUUUUCUUCGACUUAGCGCCCACACUGGCAACCAACAUGUAUGGACUGUGCAUCGGGAGCUGCACUCGGUUAGUAAAUCACCGUGUGCAAGCAGCGGGUUACAAGGACACCGUGCUGCACGAUGCCUUCGUUGGUCAGUAUGUUGUUGGGGGUGAUGUGAUGGGUGCGGCUGGAAGUGGUUUCUUUUCCGCACUCGGAGAACGGCAGGGCCCGCUGCAAGUGCCUCAAAAUGAACUUGAGUCCCUUAGCAAGAUGGCUCCGGAACGCUGUCGGCAGCAGCUUGGUAUAUACUUGCAGUAUUGGAAUCAUACGCAGCAGCCGGAAGGGGGAGCCCCCAGUACGGCGAAAGUUGCGUCUACUUUUCGUAUUGAUACCGUGGCGCGUGGUGCAGCGGCCAAAAUGUCGGAUGAUGGUGUUCUUAUCGGCCGCCUGGUCGCUCGCGAUGCCGAGCAGCGUGCAGUGGCUGAGCGACAGCUUGCCGAGUUAGCUCGAUCUGUGUAUCAUGCACGGCGCGUCGGCUCACCGCAGGAGCAGUCGCAACUUUUCCCGGUUAUCACUCUGUGCGGAGAGAUGUGA